AUGGGGCUCACAAGUAACACCGGAUUAUUGGCUAGUGUACAAGAAAAAUGUCUAUUCCCGAUUAAGAAUAACCAUCAAACAGAGCUGCGAUGCGACGUGGCCCCAGCGCCGUUCAUGCUACGGCCUUACGCGGGUCUCUACAACCCCUUCUCGCACUCCUGCUCUGUGCUCUGCAACCAUCCAGCCGACAAUGCGGCCCGGGAGUUCGUCAAGAAGGCCAAGGAUGCUUGGCUCCUGGAAGGCAAAGGUCACAUGUUCCAAGAGGACCUAGCAAAGUUUCAAGAUCAUCAUGAAAAGGAAAAGAACAGAACGCCUCACGACAUCGUCACAGAAGAUAUGUUUCGAAGAUACACGGAAACAGACUCCCGUCCUCUGACACCAGCCCCAACGCUCGCCAGUGGAAAAUCCAGGGGAUCACGAAGAUGCUUAACACCUGACCAACCCCAUCAAAGAACUACCAUUGUGCUUGACUUGAGGAGAAGUCAUAGCCAGGAAACCUUGUACUACCAUGGCUAUGGAACUUCGGAGAUGACAGUCGGUCAAUCUCCAAGUGUUAACGAAAGGUCUCUCCCCUCACUGAAUCUCUCAGGCAGCGCUCACAACCGUCUUGUGAACGGCCAGUGUGAGCAGCUACCACCUUUGGCCUCGCCUCUCGUCCUGGCAAAGAGGACGCCUAAAGAACCUGUUAGUGUAAGAACUGUUAAAAAGAAUCAACUUAAAGCCUUAAAUCUGGGUAAAGUUAUUAAGAAUAAAAAAACCGACGCACCGGUAUCACAAAGAUCACAGGACAAAGAAGAAAACGAGGGUAGUGAGCAAAAUAUUGAUGAGGGAGAUGGUGAAAUUCGUAGGCGUGGUAAACGCCGUCGGAAAGGAAGGACUGGAGGUAGCGAUCGCAUGACUUCAGCUGGACUGGCAGCGCAGGCGCAACAAGAUCCUGAAACACAAAUUGCAGGAAUCGUGACGGACUCCCAGAACCCCAGCUCAAGGGGAUCCGUGGCUCAGGAGGACGAGGAUGAUAUUUUACUGCCGGUAGUCAAAUCUGUUACAGCUAGGAAGACUGACUCCUUCCUGGAUGACGAAAUAUUAAAGUAUUUGCACAGGGAGGUCGAUGAAGACGCUAUCGAAACCGAAUUUGAUACCAAGAGACGAUACGUACUAGAGGAAGCUUAUAGGACUCGGCCCGAGCGUCAAUACGGAGUGGAAAUGCAGACUCUGCUACGCGAAUACCGAGUCCCAGCUGUCAGUCUGGGUGAUUGGCUUCAUAUACCACGAGUGUUUUCGCGGCAGAAUGCUCAAUUCAGCUUGCCUUUGGACUCUAAUGCCUUAGAAACAUUAAAUCCAAUGAAUUACGCUGCAAGAUACGUUACAGUGAAAAAAUCAAAACAGUUGCUAUAUUUAACAGUGUUAAGAAAAUUUCUGCCAAGAUGUUACAGGAUGCCCAUAAAGGAAAUUCAAGAAGGCCUAAUCCUCAUGAUGGGUGGCAUCCUAUCCUCGGAGCAAGCUAAUCAUUUCCAGGUUAUAAUGGAAUGGGGCCAAUACGUGGAAGACGAAAACAUUCCAGACGAGAUCAAACUUACAUUACUCGAUACUGGUUUCCGAAAACCCGUGAUUAUUGAAGGAGGCGAUUCUGGCGAGCCACAAGGUAGCACUAUAAAGUUCAGAACUUGGUGUGGACUCUGCGCAAUAUGCGAACGAAUGUACGGAAGGUUCCCGCCCAGAGAUAAAGACCCGCCGGAUGGUAUGGAACUUAGCGACUUUACCAUGAUAGAAACUAGACUCGCUGUUCUCAAAGUACACAGCGGAUUAAUAGAAGUUCUGAAUACGAUAAGAACACGAUGAAGAUAUUGCUUUCUUUUUAUACUUAGUUUGAAUAGUGUUAAACUUGCUUUACAGUUUGAUUGUGUAUUUUAUAUUAUGCUCAAGUAUGAUAUUUUUA